GAUACAUAAAAACUUGUUCGUACAUCUUUGAAAUCACACUAUCUACCUGCAACUGUUAUUAAUUUGCUUUAACUCAAAACUUUCACAGUGUUCAAUAAUGGCUGCAGCAGAAAAUAAUCUCUGCGUUGUUGCUGAUCGGAUCCUCGAACUGCUGCGUAGUGAAGAUGUUCGCGAGAUGGUUGGGUCUUUAUGGGGUACUGCCGAACGUGAUGACAUGCUGCAGAGACUCGAAAUGGCCAUUUCUGAACUCGCACCUCUGCUUCCUGAUGCGGAGAUCCAGGCUCGCCAUAACGAAGAACUCGAAUUAUGGCUGAAAGGAGAUGUUGAAGACACUCUCUGUAUAGUUGAGAAUUGGCUAGAGGAGCAAGCAACGGAAGCUUUGAUGAAGCGUAGUAGUGGUGGUGUUGCUGCUAGAAAAAAUAUGUAUACGACAAUAAGCAGUUUCUUCUCAACAACAACACGCCCCACCGCUACUUCUCUAGAUUUUCAUGACAUUCGUGAUUGUAUUGAAUGCAUCGAAGUAACAGUAGAUGUGUUUAAGAGUGACUUUAAUCUGGAGAAGCGUCGUGAUAAAGAAAUUGAAUUUCCCAAUGGAAUGGCGUCCAUUUGCUCAUUUAUUGUGCGAGAAGGAGGAUCAAAGCAUGUUGUUCAGAGAAGGUCGGAUAUCAUCGAUGUGGAUGCAAAGGAAAAAAUCAUUCAUUUCUUAUUAGGUCAUGAUGAUGAUGAUGAGCAGCAGCAGCAGCAGAAUGUUGCAACGGUUGUUGUGGCGUUGAAUGAUGAUGAGCAGCAGCAGAGUGUUGCAACGGUUGUUCUGGUGUUGGAAGAUGAUGAUGAUGAGCAGCAGCAGCAGAAUGUUGCAACGGUUGUUCCGGUGUUGGGAAUGGAGCAAUCAGAAACAAGGAGGCUUGCAAGGGAGGUUUUCAAUGACGAGAGGGUUCGAAAUCAUUUCCACAAACGUAUUUGGGUAUGCCUUUCUUCUUCUGGUACGUCUCCCAUUAACAAUUCCACCCAACUUUUGAAUGUAUUGGUUGCAUGUCUACAUCCUAAUCAUCAUCCAAACAUGGAGCAAUCUGAUUUGGAUAUGCUCAUGAACCUACUUGUCUCUUCAUUAUUAUCUAGUGUGCCAUUCCUUAUUGUACUAGAUGAUGUGAACCCUCAAAAUUUCCUAUUCCUUAAAGGAAUUUUGGGCAAUUUUGAGGGUAAUGGUAGUAAGAUAAUUAUAACUACCUGUAACCCAGAAGUUGCAAACAAUAUUGGCACCAUCCAACCAUAUUGUUUGGCUUCUUAUUGCCCUUUUCCAAGUGAAGAUCAAUUGUGGAGGCUAUUUCGAAAUGCAGUGUUUGGAGUACAAGAGCAUGAAGGCAUCCACUCGAGGGUGAGAGAAAUCGGAAAGAUGAUCGUAGAAAGGUGUGAUGGAAUAAUCUCUGAUAUUGUCACAACGGCAAUAGGAAGCAUGUUAUAUUUUGAAAAUUCAGAAGGGGAAUUGAUUCAUUUCUAUGAAAUAGUACUUUUCGAAAUAGAGAAAUCUCAUGAGCAUGAUUCAAGUGAUUAUGAGAGGGUAUUAUCAUUACUCAAGUUGUGCUAUGAUCAUCUCCCUUCGCGUCUAAAACAUUGCUUUGCCUAUUGUAGCUUAUUUCCCAAAGAUCACGAGUUUGAUGUGCAGAUGAUGAUAAAGUUGUGGAUGGCACAGGGCUUUAUUAUCACUGAUCAUCCGGAAAAAUCAGCUGAGGACGUGGGUUAUGAAUAUGUUCUGAAUUUACUAAGAAGAUCCUUCUUUCAAGAACCCACAAUAGAUGUGAUGAAUCGCGUGGUUAAGUUCAAAAUUCACCAUUUGAUGCAUGAUCUUGCAACUGUUGUAGCCGAGGGAAAAUGCUUAUUCUCAUCACCAUUUGAUGCAAAAGUAGACUACCCUGCCCAUGUGUCAUUUGAAUACAGUGCAGUGUCAAUUAUGGGAGAUGUUGCAGAAGGUUUUUCUGGGAAUAGGAUACGAUCAGUCCUUUUGCAGAGUCAGUGGUGGAGGUCCGGAGAGAGACACGACAACGACACAUUAUUUGAUCGUAUUAUUAGCAAGUGUGACCAUUCACGAGCACUAGAAAUGCGUGAUUUUGGAAUCAGGAUAGUUCCAAGUUCAAUUGAGAAGUUGAAAUUUUUGAAAUAUCUUGAUCUUUCUGAGAAUGAGGAUAUUUUAAAACUACCCAAUUCCAUUACCAAGCUCGUGAAUUUGCAAACUCUGAGGCUCUCCUCGUGUUUCAAGAUCAGACAGUUGCCAAGAGACAUUCAAAAUUUGAUCAGCCUUCGACAUCUCGAGAUUGAUGGGUGCCACAAUCUGACUAGUCUUCCUCAAGGAUUUGGUCAUCUUACUAAUCUUCAGACGUUAUCACAUGUUAUGCUUGGGGAGGUCUCUUCUGCGCACGAUGCCCAAUUAAUUGAAGUGAAGAAAUUGAUAAGUUUGUGUGGAACAUUUCAAUUAAAAAAUUUGAGUCAUGAAAUUUCAGAGGCUACAUAUUUAAAUGCAGUGCCUAACAGAGUUCGAUCUUUGUCAUUAGAAUGGAAUAUUCAAGAGAUGAAGAGAAUUGACCAGAUGCCCCCAGUACCACCACUAGACAAUGACAACUUCUCUUCUCAUCUUGAAGAAUUAACUAUAAAUGGAUACAAGGGUGUCGUUUUAUUUAGUCCAAGCCUGGUGAAACUUGGCAAUCUGGUGAAACUUUCAUUGCGAAGUUGCUCAUUUUGCCAAUCUCUACCGUCAUUGGAUGAUUUGAUUCAUCUCAAGGUAUUGGCACUGGAUGAGAUGGUCAAUCUGCAACACAUUUCAACCUCAUUAUUCCUUCCAUCCAUAAAGGAACUCUGGCUCACAGAACUGCCUAAGUUAGAGAGAUGGUGGGAAAAUAAUGACACUACUCAUGAUUUGGUUUCUUCAUUUCCUUGUCUGUCAAAAUUGGUUAUUGAAGAUUGCCCAAAGUUGGAUUCCAUGCCUCUCUUCCCGACUCUAGAAGAAGGCCUAGUCCUGGACACAACUAGCUGGAUCCCAUUCAAACUCACCAUGUCCAACCAAGCAUCACCAUCACCAUCACCAUCACCAUCAUCAUCGUCUCCUCCUCUCUCCAAGUUGAAGAAUAUGUGUAUUGGUGGCAUUAACGAGCUUGAUGACAACGAAGCUGGUCAGAUCAAAUGGGAUACAUUAGAAAGUUUAGAAUUCCUGAGAUUAGAUUGUCUUCCACUCAAGACUCUUCCUUCGGGGCUUCGAGAUAUCAUCACCUUGCAAGAGCUUCACAUUUCGCGUUGUGCUAUAAGAGACAUCAAUGGUAUUGAAGCUCUAGAAUUUCUUGAAAAUCUUGUGAUUCGUUUAUGCCCAAAAUUGGAGUCGCUACCAGAAGGAAUUCAUAGCCUGAAAUGUAUGAAAACACUAGAGAUUCAGCGUUGUCCUUCCUUAACAAGAAGAUACCAGAAGAUAACUAGUGCAUAUUGGAAUAAGAUUGCUCAUAUUCCACAUGUUCGUUUGGAUUGGAUUCCCGUCGAAUGAUUCCUUUGGUUUUGAUUUUCUUAUUCAGAAGCUAAGCUCGAUUCUUUUUUGUUGUUUGUUACUCAAUACAAGAAUUUGAAAGACUUGGACAAUCAGAACAUGAGAACUUUUUUUGACAUUUUGAACUAAAAUUGGAUCUUGUUUUACCCCUCUUCUACUCUGCCCUGGUGCAAAAAAACUAAACUUGAAGAGGUAAUCACAAAUUUCUCCUAUUUUUGGUCUUUCAUUGACGACCGUGCAGAAAAUGAAUCAAACUUUGCUUCUUUUUGUGAUGCCAGAUGUCCUGAAAUUUGGAUUGCCUACACUAACUCAAAAUUGCUCAUCAUAUCAUAUGUAAAUGUUGAAUGUUGUAUGUGAAAAUAUGAUAUAAUCUAUAUAUCAUAAUGCUGAGCUUUGAUGAGGUGACAUGGUUAAGCUUCCUUCAUUCUAUUUUAUCUAUUUUUUUUUUCAAUUUAUUUUAGGGAAAUUAUCCUAUUUACGUUUAUUUGUCAUCUUUUUUCAACUUUACGUUAUGUUUUUAUCUUUUUCAGUUUUAUAAAUGUUUAUUUUCAAAUAUACGAUUUAUACAUUUACUUAUUACAUUUCUACUGUUUCUUCUUUGCUUUCCCGUUUACUUUUUUCUUCUUCUUCUUCAAUCUCUCUUCUUUUCCACUUGGUUUUCAUACAUAAAUAUUAGAAAAGUCUU